UCUCUUCUUUCUUUCCUCUGCCUUUACUGCCUCUUCUCUCUUCCCCCAAAUCCUCUCCCUCCUCUGUUUUCUAUCCAUUAAAAAAGCAUAAAUGAUUGGCAUCCAACUCCAUAACAAACGAAUCCGUGACGAAGAAGAGGAAGGUCGACGCAAACUCAAGCGACGUUCAAGCGCCCAUUCGGCACAGACACCCGUCCAUGAUUUCACACUGAAAGCAUACAUAAAUCAGCAUGAUAUUGUAGACUUGCAGCUGUCCCAAAUUCUUGUCGAUUUCCAGUGUGUCGUAUUGUUUUGCUACGCGCAUGAUUUCACACCACAAGCACAACAAGAUCUCCGGUUGAUUGAAGAAUGUGUAGAGACUUUGAUAAAUUUACAAGCAGCACCGCUGGCCAUGUCAACGGACCACCCGCACGUCCACCGUGCGUUUGCCAAUUUCCCUUCGGGAUUACAGUUCACGCCGAGGUUUCCGAUGGUGUCAGACAGUGUCCGCUUGGUGUCGAGCCACUUGGGAAUCCUCGACCAUGAGCAAGGCUGCGCAAAACGGUAUAUACAAGUGAUGAAAAGCAGCAGAUCAAAGGGACUCAAAUGUGAUUAAAUAGGUCAGUGUUCAUCAUUGAUUCGUUGCGAAACGUACACCACACCAUUCAUUUGCAAGAACACGAAGCUCUUCCUAUGGAGACCAUCAUUACCAAGGCUGCUCUGUUGUCAAAUACGAUGCUGAAGUCAGAGGCAGCCUACAUUA